AUGCCUUACAAAGCGCAGCCCACCAACGCGGGUAUCAUCACCGAUAAGACCGGUCAGCGAUUCAUCCCCGAGUCCCAGCGCUCCGACGGCAGCACCCGCAAAGCCAUCAAGGUCCGCCCAGGUUUCCGUCCCACCGAAGAUGUCGAACUCUACCGCACCCGCGCCGCCGAAGCCCGCACACGCGGUCAACGAACAGGCGUUCCCGGCGCCGAAGGCCUAGCCACCGAGAACAAACCCGACAGUUCAUCUUCCGCCGCCAGUCUCAAGAACGCGAAGCGGCGCGAGGCCCGGAAGAAGGCGAAGGCCGCCGCUGAGGGGGAGGGACAGGACGAUACCACUAUCAACCCCGAUUCCGCUGGAGCCAACAAACCCGGCGAUGAUAAUACACCCGCGACCUCGACUGCUGGAGGGGAGAAUCGGGAGCCGACCCCUACGGACGCCGAAGAAGUCGAGCGUGCGAAGAAGGCGAGAAGUUUGAAGAAGAAGCUGCGGCAGGCACGGGAGCUGCAGAACAAGAAAGAGGGUGGUGAGGCUCUGUUGCCUGAGCAGAUUGCCAAGGUGAUCAAGAUCAACGAGCUGGUGCGUGAGCUCGAGGCGCUGGGCCUCGACCCUACCGAUGUCGGUGACUCCAAGGAGAGCAAGACACCAGGGACUGAGGGCUGAUUCGCU